AUGAAUGUCGACAUAGCUUUCGACGGGAAUGAGUACACACACAGUGGGUACUCGAAGAAUUCCCUCAUAGAGGACAAAAAUUACACCCUGGAGUAUGAGAAGUACGUACAUUUUGCCUUCUUUACUUGUUACUACAUUUCGCAUAUAAAGGGGGCAAAAUGCACCGACACGGAAGUGUUAGCCUGGUAUUUAAAAAAGUUCCAGCACGUGAUCAUUAAUUCCACAAAAAAGGUAAAAAGAACAUAUUUUAAUUUAAUAAACAAUCUGAUUCAGGAUAAGUGUGUGAAGGCUAAGCUAGAAAACAAUAAGAGAUAUUUGACCCACAAUGAGCACUUCAUUUUGUGGGCGUGGAAGCGGCGAGCUCUCAAAUUCGACCGAGAUCAGUUCAACAAAUUUUAG